AUGACAAAAUCUAACGUAAUUCGUAAAAGAAAUGUUGAAGAUAUUCGUCGAAAGAAUGUUGAAGAUAAUCAAGUGUUUCUUAAAAUGCUUUGUAUAACUAAUAUUCGAAAUGAUUUUCUCCAUAGUGCUCGUUCCAUUCUUCAAAAACAGAAAAAUACUAAAAUUCCUAUUGAACAUAAAAAAAAUGAAUAUCCAACUCGAUAUAAUUCAAAGAUAAAAUCCGGUGAAAUUUCUCCUCAUGUACCUGAAUGGCAACGACAAAUUCAAAAUAAAUUAUUGAAGAAAGAACGAAAACAACAAGAGAAAGAAAUGAAACAACAAGAAAGAUUACGGAAACAAGAAUUAAAAAAAGAAAUGUUUAAAUUAAAAAGGAAAAAACAUCUUCGUCGUUCAAAAUGGACUUUAUUUUAUAAGAAUAAUGUCAAUCCAUAUCAACGUAUAUUUAAACCACGUAAUAUAAAAAAAGAUGAACGAAUUCAACAAGAAACUAUUGAAUCUUCAGAAUAA